GCCUCGUCAUUUUUCCAUACUUGACCGUUCAUUCAACGUUGAAACCAGCUGCGCCGAGCUUGGGGUCCCUAUGAGACCUCUAAUGAUCCAUUGAUCACUGAUUGGCGCCCAUUCGUCGCGCUCGAGUCAAGCUCGACUUGUUUGACUACCACCAUCUGUCAUGCAAGGAUGAAUACUGACUCAGAGCAAUUCGACACCGACUCCGAGGCUUCUCUCACCUACGAUUUGCUCGUUGUCACCGAUGCCACAGCUAGUAUGGGCGGAUAUCUGGACGCGCUGCGCCAGUCAAUUCCUGAAAUCCUCGCUCUAGCCAAACUUUCAGGCGCUUUUUCUCGCGUGGGCGUUCUCGCCUACAAAGACUAUAGUGACGAGACCGAGCUUGUCAACUGGUCUGGCUGGAAUGUGCCCAACCUGUCCUCAUUCGUGCACGAUCUGCAAUCCACCGGCGGUGGCGACUUCCCCGAGGCAGCGAAGACAGCCCUCAUCCGCGCGCUGCAGAAGGUCGACGCGAAAAACGCGCAGACGCUCGUGCUCUGGGCAGGGGAGAAUGACAGCAAGACGCUGGCGAGGCUUUCGGUGGGGAUGGUGAUGCACUGGAUGGGUCGCUCGACAGCCACGUUUUCCGACAUUUUGGAGCAGUCAAAUGCACGACUUUUACGAUACGUCAAUCCUCCGAUCGAGAAGCUCACCGAUGAGGGAAAGGGCGCUAGGGGAUACCUUCCUGCGCGAGUCGUUGGGUCAAGUCGGGACGUCUGGCUGGCGCAGAAGAUCUCCAAGCUCCCUCUGGGGUUGGAUCACAUACCUAUCAGACAUUCGAUGAAAGAAAGCUUCGAUCCUGGCAAGCGGUUCCUUGAUCCCGGCGAGACGACAUACCAGGCCAUGGUCUACGAAUCGCUCGCAGAGAUCAUCACCACGAAUGUUGCAUGUCUGACUUACAAUCCUAUCUUCGGGCAACUCUGGCGAGCCGUCUGCAGGGUCAACAACGAGCGCAAAGCUGCGUUGGUGAACCUGUUCAGCGCCCAGGUUGGGAGGAUUGAGGACGUGGAGCAGAAGAAGGGACUGAAGCUGUGGCUGGAAGAGAGCUUCGACCAGACGGAAGAGAUCGACAAGAUGAUCCAGGCCGCUGCCAGUCGCCCUGCAGUUUAUCUGGACUUCGAUGCAGACCUGUUACCUGGAGUUUUGAAACGCAUCGGGAAGAUCUUCACUCAUCUCAAGCUGGUCGAACCUGGAGUGACACUGGGCCCAAACGAACGUUUCGUUCCUCUGUCCCUCUCUGUCUCCGACGUGUUCCGCACGCUUCCUCACUUGAUUGUCCCCGGAACGCUCUAUCCUCACCGUGCCGCUGCGCUGACCGCCAUUGUUGCUCUUGUCACGGAGAACAUCAGCUUCGAUUGUGCAAGGCUUCUGCUGUCAGCCCCGGAGGGCAUCGUGUUGACGAGACAAGAGAAGCGGGUAUAUGAGAUGAUGAGACGUUACAGGCUCAUCGAGGCGAACCUCGACGCUCCAGUGCAAGUCAAAGUCCCCUGGGCGCCAGCGAAGACGAGGGGGUGCGGUGAUAUGAAAGUUCGGUGCAAGAUGUGUUCGAAAUUUCGCAGUGUGACUAUAAUGUGCCAUGACCGAAAUAAUGUUUGUGGACACUGCUCCUUCGGUGAUGGAGACAGCUAUCUUGAAUACUCUGAUGAGGAAAGCUGCUGGGUAGAGUGUUCUUCGAUGAAGUGUCGGGCCCAGUACGUUGUCGAUAACGUGGCUGGAUUGAGAAUCCGCCCUCGCUGCCAUUACUGUCGCACCCACAUCUCCUGUCCUUGGAUCGAGUGCUCGGUCUGUACCAACCGAGUGAUCAUCCCAGAGGCCUAUCGCACAACAGCAGCGGACAAGUUUACGUGUCCAGGCUGUACCAAUGGAGACUGGGCCUCGAUCGCAUCACAGGAAAGCACGGUCCGGGCGAUCAAUAAGGAGAACGGUGUGGGCUGGCUUGGGAUGGUGGCCGAUGUGUUUGCCGGAAAGUCUGCCUUCAAGCUCAUGCAGGCUUCCGGGAAAGCUGCUUUCGGAUUUGUGCCUCGACAUCGAUCUCUUUCGCUUGUGCUGGGCCAGAAGAAGGUGUUCAACGCUGCCGAUGUGUUGGCUCAGGUCGAAGCGAGGGACUCUGUGUUCCUCGCCACUUGUUCGUUGUGUUUCGAGGAUGUACGCCCAGACAAGCUCGUGCGGGCCUGCGGUCGGACCGGAUGCACCCAGCUGGUGGAUGAGCGGUGUCUCAAGGAAUGGUACGGCGGGAACGCUCCCGGCAAACUGCUCAACUUGAUGCAGUUCAAGUGUCCGUUCUGCCGCCGUCAGCCACUCCUGAAAACAUUCAUGCGCUACAACCGGGCUGCGGCGGCACUCAGUCAGGUCAAGAACGCAUUCGGGAACCGCCGGUGGCUGUAUGCCUGGUGCACAGAUUGCGGAUCGGCCCAGCGGGCGUUUGAGCGCACGGCGUGCUCCGACCGGGAGCUUCCGCCCAUGGCGCCUGGCUGGUCGUGCGAGGAUUGCACUGUUUCCCAGACCAUUAACACCUUUGGCGCACGACUUGUGCAAUGUCCAAACCCGUCGUGUGGAAUGCACAUUGAUCUCAUUGACGGGUGUAAUCAUGUUGUCUGCGUGUGCGGCACUCAUCUAUGCUUUGCCUGCGGGGAGCAAUUCGAGUCGGAUGCCAUCUACGAGCAUAUGGUCCAGGCUCAUGGGUCCAUUUUCGCCGAGGUGGAGGAAGAACUUGAUGAAUACUAGAGUAGUCGCGCCUUUUUCGUACCAUUUUAAUUUGAUCUACUUUCCUCGAUCUCAGAUGCCACGAUAGACCUCGGGUAUAAUCCAUGCAUUCUGGGACGCCGUAGUACCUAGAGCCUACUCUGGCCUUUGAUAGCAUUCGCCUCGCGCCAUAUGUUGUCUACAGAGCGCCAAUAUCUCUCAGGGUCGGCAAAUGCGUGCCGGACAUGCGCAGUGCCGCUGAACUCCUCCGUCGUCACGUUCAGGCCGUUCUCUCUUGCUGCACGAAGAUGCGCCCGGACGCGCGACGCAGGGAUCACGCGGUCGGCGUCGGAGAAGAUAUACAGCCGCGGAGUUGCCCUGUCCAUCCAUGGAAACAGGCUCGGAUUCACAAGAGCCGGCACGAUCGUAUCCUGGGGCAUCUUCCCUAAGCAGAUGGCUGCACGAGCUUGCAGAUGGGUAACGGCCAGCUCUGCCACUCCCAGAAACACCAGUCGCCGUAGACCAGCAGGAACGGAUGCCGUGACCGCUCUGCGGAGGUCGGCACGGACAUAGCUUGCCGGGACCGGAGUCGAAGACGAGCGCGAAGGGUACUUUGUGUGAGGGCGG